UACCAGUGCACGUGCUCCCUUAUCCCUUACCUCCAUUACUUUCGUUACCAUAUUAUUAAUAUUAUUUUCUCAUUCAAUUACAGUGUCUCUGAACCUCUCUGCUCCACUUGUUUUUUGUUUGCAUAUAUCUUCAUUCAUUGUCUCUCUGUUUGUAAGAAGAAAAAAAAUCAAAGAUUGUAGUACAAUGGAAGGUAUCAUCAAUGGUGGAAAAGUUGGGGAAGGUGAAGAUAUAAGAGACAAUAAUAAUAUACAACACUGUAUCAAUCAUCCUUAUGGGAAAAACCCAGGUGGGAUCUGUGCUUUUUGUCUUCAAGAAAAGCUUGGGAAAUUGGUUUCUUCAUCGUCUCCUUUACCUAUUCAUGGCUCAUCAUCAUCAUCAUCUCCUUCUCCUCCUCCUUUAAGAUCUGCCGCCGGUGGUGUUGGUGGUAAUGGCGGCGUUGUUGGUAGUGAUAAUGGUCAUUAUCGUCAUACAAGGAGGGCAGCAUCAUCAGAUGGUGGUGGUGGUUUGAAGAGGAGCAAGUCCACCGUAACACCUAGGGGCGGCCGGUUCGUAGAAGGCGGCGAUGAGUUUAGAAAAAGAAGCGGUUUCUGGUCUUUUCUUUAUGUUUCUUCAAAGACCCAUAGUGCCAAAAAACCAGCUUCCAUUGGUAUGAAGCUAGCAAAGAAGGGAUCAUCAUCAUUAUCAAUGGAUGAUGAUCAUGCAUCAUCAUUUGAAAGGAAGGUUUCAAGGUCCAGAUCCGUCGGCUGUGGAAGCCGGAGCUUUUCCGGUGAUUUUUUCGAAAGGAUCUCAACUGGUUUUGGUGAUUGUACUCUUAGAAGAGUAGAAUCACAAAGAGAGGGCAAAUCAAAACCUACUCAUCAUCAUGGCCAUGCCCCAUCAUCAUCAUCAUCAUCUGGAAUGAAAGAAAGGGUUAAAUGUGGCGGUAUAUUUAGUGGAUUCAUGAUCAUGACAUCAUCAUCAUCAUCUUCUUCAUCAUCAUCAUCUUCAUACUGGGUUUCUUCUGCAACUAAUAAUGAAGAUCACAUCAAUGGCAGAAACAAUAAUAAGAGUUGGGGUUGGGCUUUUGCAAGUCCCAUUAGAGCUUUCACCGCCAGUAAGCCUCCUUCUUCUGGUAAGAAACACAGUUCCAUUGUUAAAGAAUCAACAAACAACGAUAACACAACGACGACAACAACACCAAAUCUGUCUGCAAUUCCUUCAUUGUUAGCUGUUACAAGCUAAAGGUAAAAUUAUGGUUUUGUUCAUUUACUAUGUUUAAAUUUAUAAUUUAGUCCUUUUACUUUAAUUUGACAUAAUUCAAUCCCUUUACUUUUAUAACAUCAUUUGUUAGUCCAAAUAGUUAACUGGAAUAGUUAACUAUUUAGGCUAAAUAAGGUGAAAGUUUCGUGAAGGCCUUGUACUAAGAGUCAAAUAGUAUUUUUUCCGUUUCUAUUCAAAAAAUGGGUAAAUUAAUCUUUAUAAGUUAGAUCAAAGAGCAAAUUGAUCUUUCUGUUAAAAAAUUCAUCCUUUUCUACUGUUAAAAAUUGAUCCAUGUAUAUUAGCAUGAGGUACACGUGGUAUGCCAUGUGCCAUUAUCUGGUUAUCUCAUCAGCCAUGCCAAUUUUUAAUAGUACAAAUAGAUGAAAUUUUUAACAAAAAAAAUCAAUUUAUUCUUUGAUCUAAUAUACAGGGGCUAAUUUGUCAAUUUUCUAGUAAAAGGAAAAAAUGCAAUCCGACUCUUAGUACAAUGGCUUUUACCAACUAACUAAUGACAUUAUAAAAGUAUAGAGAUCCCAAAUUAUGUAAAACUAAAGUAUAGGGACUAAAUUUCAAAUUUAACAUAAUAGAGAGACCAAAAUAGUAAUUUGACUCUCUUGAUACGCAUUAGAUUUGGUUUUAUGAACUUUUCUUACACUUUUCUUUGUGGGUAUUUUUAAAUAUGUGCAAAUAAUUAAGUUAUAGAUAGUUUGCUGUCUGGUCCUCCUGGAAUCAUGUUCUUAUUAUAAAAGGGAUUUGUUUGACCAGUAUGUAUUAUUAUUAAUUUGUAUUAUUUAAUGAUGUAUGUAGUGUUUUUAUUAUUGUAAGUUGUGUACCUUUUAAUUAAUGCUUUUAUGGCAAAGAAAUGUGUUUUUCUA